CUAUGAAAUGGGUGCAUGUCUUUGAAAAGAGUAUUCUGUUUUUUGAUGAAAGGAUCCUUGAUGAUUGAAUCACUUGUCCCACAUAAGAGCUGGACUAAUCACCGUUUGUUAUACUUGAAUCAUGACUUUUGGUGCUGUAAUGGUGUGGCUGCCGAUGGAGGACAAUCCUGUGGUUUCCAUUCUGCAAGGAGUGGUUGGGGCUUGUGGAACAACUCUGAUGUGUAAUCUGUUACGGGUUAGCCUGUUCGUCCGUUGCACAAGAUACACACCAGCAGAUGGCACUUCUGAGAGACCAAAUGGUGAAACAAAGUCGAUUGGUCGCCUAAGCAGUGGAAUCCAAUUCAUUCUCCUCACAGGAGUUCUUUCUCUGGUGGGACCUCGCGUCUCUUCCCUGAUAGUCCUGGAGUUCUGCCUCAGAGCUGUCCUGGCCUCACUCAUUUUUGGACAGGGAACCCUGCAUGAAGUCACCAAGCAGUUCCUGAUCCAGUGCCAGUUCUCGCUGGGCUGUGCGCUCACCUGCACUCUCCAGUACCUCCACGGAGGAGCCCCGCACCGCGGACUCAGCCUCCUGCUGGCCGCCGGCCUCUGCUGGUUCCUGGCCAGGCAGGGUGAGCGCCUGUGGGCUCAUGUAGGGCUGCUAUACCCCAGGCACUACUCUCAGCGUGACUGCGGCGUCUGCCUCACCCUGGUCUCCUCUCGGGACGCUCUGCUACCUAUGCUACGCCGCAGUGUCGUCAUGAUCUUCACUCUAGCCAGUGUGGCUGCCACUGCUGUGGUGAGUCAGCACUUCCUGUUGGGGGCGGAAGACCUGAGGUUUUGGACACCAAUGACCCUGUGCUACAUCUUACUAUUGCUUCGGGUAUUGGAGGACCAGCAGAGCAGCCCAGGCGGCCAGGCGAUGCUGCGGUCGGCAGGGCUCCGCGUGGUGACCCUGUUUGUGUGGCUGCUGAUGGUGGGGAACUUCACCGAUGUGCUCCAGGUGCUGUUCUGCUUCUUGGGGGAGAGUGUGUGCCUGCUUCCCUCUCUGGGCCUCCUGCGUUCCACCGUGCCACCGGAAGAUGACAAGGAUCCUCAUGGCCCACCAUCCUCUGAAUGACAAGAACAGGCUUCCUUUUCUCACACAGCCAACUGUGGCAUGACUAACUGACUGAACCCAUUGCACAAGACCGCUAAACUCCUGUACAUGGUGAUGUGGUCCCAUGUUCAUGCUCUGUAAUGUGGACUCAACCUGUUUUAUCUACAGGCCGUGCAGGCAUAUUAUGUAACUCUUCACUCAUUAACCAGGUGGAAUGGCAUAUGGGUGUGGCACAGGUCCUCGUAGGGCCAAAGCUCUGACAAUGACAAUGACUCAAACUCAUAAAGCAGGGCCUCUCCACUGCCACAGGAAAUCAUUCUUUAAAGACACAGGCUUACAGUCUGUGAUGACAGGAAUAGCAUGGAAUGCCAUGGGUAAAUGGGACUCCAGAAAAGUGGUUCCAGAAAAAAUAUAGCAUAAAACACAAAGGAAGAAAGUUAGAGUUAGAGGACAUUGUUAAGAGAACUGGUCUGUGAACAAAGAGAGAACUGUAUGUCAAGGCCACACUGUUCAGACUGUUCAUAAGAGCAGCCUACUGCACAGUCAGCAGAACCAUCCCAACAGAAGAAGACUCUUGUGCAGUAAUCAACCUCAGCUCCUGGCUGUUUCAAUCAUGAACAAGGAAAUGUGGUAACUAUCUCAGGCUCCCACUAAACUCCAUGGUCGGCAUGAAUGGGGAAACACCAUACAGUGGUCUAAACAUUUUGAACUUCUUGUAAAAUUUCAGGUGUUCACGGGAUUCAAACAUUUAAUAACAAAAGCAUCUACCUCAAUAAACCAUUCACACACUCAAAUAGUGGUUUGGUAGGAUGGUGUGAGUUUGAUUUAGA